AGUCUUACGGUUUAUUUUGGUAGCACGACGCCAUGAACCUACAUUUACGCAAGGUUUUGAACGUGAAGAAAGAAAAGCGAAACAUAGCUCUACCUUGCUAUAAACACUGAGUUCAUUGCAUCGACCGCUGCAGCCAUGCUGACCUGUGAAAUCUGCGGUGAGGACAUUAUGUUGGAGGAGGACAUGAGGACGCAUCUCCUACUCAGCCACCUGGAAAAUGACAUGCACUGCCCACUGUGUCCCCUGUCUGGUGUGUCCUACGACGAACUCUGCUUCCACAUCAGCUCCGCCCAUCCAGAGAAGCAGCGCGGAGCGCAGGAUCCGGACCGUUUCUCAUCCACUUUGGGCUGCUGCUCAGCUGGAACAGACACUGGAGUAACCGGGAGCAAAAAGCCCCAGACGCCUCAGUCCUCGGCUGGUGAAGCAGCACCCACCGGUGCCUCUCGUGUCACCAGAGACUUGGUCCGGCCUAAAUAUAAUAGUACACCAGACAGUGAAGGUUCGUCCACUGGGGAGGCUGCAUCCGUCACAAGGAGCCCUAAAACAAGACAGGAGGCUGUCCGGCACUGUGAUGAGGACAAAGAUGGGGUUAAAUCCGAGCACAGGGGAGCCAAACAGAAGCGGCUGUCUUCACCAGGAAAAGAGAAGCUGUUCCCCUGCCCCAUGUGUGCACUGGUCUGCAGCAGCUGUUUCAUCCUGCAGGAGCAUGUGGAGUUACAUCUGCAGGAGCAGCGCUCAGCUGAAGGGUCAACUCUGGAGGCGUGUUCCCCAGCCAUGGCAUCACCUUCAGCCAGCAGACUCUCAGGAGAGGAGAGAUUUGAGUGCCCUAUGUGCGCUGUCGUCUGCAGUGACAGCUUCUGUCUGCAGGAACAUGUGGAACUGCAUUUAGACCACGGGGCAGCUGUGAACUCUGCAGGGAGCCCCGGCUCUGACCUUAAGUUGGCCAGGCAGCUUCAGCAGGAGGAGGAGCAGAGGAGGAGGCUGGAGGAGGCCCAGCAGGAGAGACAGGAGUUCAAGAAGCUGCAGAGGCAGUUUGGUCUGGACGGCAGCGGGGGCUACAGCAGACAGAUGGAGAGGACCAUGGAGAGGGCUGUGUCCAGGGGUCUAAUGGCCCCUGCAGAGUUCCACUGUAAGAGGGCUGAGAUGAUGGAGUCGCUGGCCUUAGGGGUUGAUGAUGGCAGAACCAGAACUCAAGGUGUGGUCCGAGCACUGUAUGAAUAUUAUCAGACGGAAUGCAAAAACUCUGUCCACGUGUGGCUGAGCGCUGACACCGACCACUACUGCUCGUCAGCGGGGGAUAAAGGCUGGGGCUGUGGAUACAGAAACAUCCAGAUGCUCCUCUCCUCUCUACACACAAUAGAUGCAUAUGCUCCCCUCCUGAAAGAGAAGGAAGUGCCUAGCAUCCCUCGGGUGCAAAGUAUGAUCGAGGAGGCUUGGAAAGCAGGGCUGGAUCCGCAUGGUGCGUCCCACUUCAACCAGCGGCUGCAGGGAACACAAGCCUGGAUCGGAGCCACAGAGAUCUACACCCUCCUCACCUUCCAAGGAAUCAGUGCCCGCAUCAUUGACUUCCACAAGCCGACAGGCCCAGGGGACACCCACCCCCGGCUGUUUGAGUGGGUGAAGCAGUACUUCCAGUCCGGCAGGAGCGGCAGGCUGCCCCCCAGACUCAUCCGAACUUCCCUGCCCCCGCUUUACCUGCAGCACCAAGGUCACAGCCGCUCUAUAGUGGGCUUGGAGCAGAAGAAGAACGGGAGCCUGUGCCUACUGCUUCUGGAUCCCGGCACCUCGGCCUCAGACACCAGGAAGCUGCUGAGCAGGGACACUGUCUCACCAGCCGUCCGCCACGUCAGGAAGUUCUCCGGCAGCCUGAAGCACAAACAGUACCAGGUAGUGGCAGUGCACGGCGUGAUGUCUGCUGAGGAGAAACAGAUAAGCAUCUUGAAUUCCAGGACGUUAUGUGCUGAACGGAUCCCGUGAACAAGAGUGCACUUUUUAAUCUCCUCCAUCUUGUUUGUUUUUACUGUGAACAUGCAUUUGAUUGGGUCAUUUGCUAAUAAAUUAUAUAAUGUAAACGUUUACUUAUUUUUUUAAUAAACUCUGUGCU